AUUUUUUCUCACUUUUGUUGUUUUAAACAAUCUUUUGAUCAUUCAAAAUGAUGCCCCAACAAGAGAACCACAAUGGUACAACAUUAACUUUUCAGAAUGUCAACAAAAGUCAACAAAGACAAAGAUUUCCUUCAUCUUCCUCUUGACAUUCCUGUUCUCUAAUUAAUAAUUGUAUUUAUGUGUUGGGGUUUUGAUUCAAUCAAUGAAUAACAUCAAUCUUGUAAUAGUUUCGCUUGUAAUCGCGAUUGUAGCCAUCCAACCCCUUGCGCAAGAGCAAACCGAUGUAGGUGAGGCAAAUUUCGUCACUGUUCUUAGCAUCGAUGGUGGGGGUGUUCGUGGCAUUGUUCCCGCCACCUUGCUUGCUUUUCUUGAAUCCAAAAUUCAGGAAAUAGAUGGGCCAGAUGCACGAAUUGCGGAUUAUUUUGAUGUAAUAGCCGGAACAAGCACAGGAGGGCUGAUGACAACUAUGCUUGCAGCUCCUAAUGAGAAAAAUCGUCCCAUGUUCGCCGCAAAAGACAUUACCAACUUCUACUUUCAACAUUCGCCUAGGAUCUUCCCUAAAAUAGGACACACAUUUGAUGAGGCGCAACCUUAUCCUUCUCAAAACGAAGCCUGCGAAAUGGGUCGGACCAAAUUCAUGAAUUCGGUAGUAACCGUACUUGGUGAGGCCACCGGACCAAAGUAUGAUGGUAAAUAUCUUCGAGCCAUGGCAAAGAUGAUGUUAAAAAACCUCACUAUUAAAGAUACGUUGACGAAUGUUGUCAUACCUGCUUUCGACAUUAGGCGGCUUCAACCUGUUAUCUUCUCCUCUGCUCAAGGAAAAGAGGUCGCGUGGAAAAAUGCUUUGCUAGCAGACGUAUGCAUUAGUACCGCGGCGGCACCAACAUUUUUCCCGCCAUACUAUUUUGAGACUAGAGACGUCGAUGGAACCAAGCACACUUUUGAUCUAAUCGAUGGCGGGGUAGCUGCAAACAAUCCGACACAUUUGGCUAUCACACAUAUAACCAAAGAAGCGGUGAUGGGGAAAUACAGGUUCUCUGGCCCGGAGGUUUUCGACGGAAGACGGAUGCUUGUGCUUUCACUCGGCACUGGUACGCAGACGUACAAUGACUUAUAUACUGCACAAAAGGCUGCAAAAUGGGGGUUGCUUAGUUGGAUCUUUACCAAUGGUACUGCGCCAAUCCUCCGCAUUUUUGGUGAUGCCAUGUCAGAUAUGGUCGACAUCCAUGUGUCAACUAUAUUCCAAUCGUUGCAAGUCGAAAAAAACUAUCUGCGUAUUCAGGAAGAUAACUUGAAAGGGGAAGCAACUGCAAUGGAUAUUUCAUCACCUGAGAACAUGAGGGCGCUAGAGGACAUUGGCAAGAAAUUGUUGAAGAAACCGUUGUCGAGAUUGGAUGUGGAGACAGGCAAGCUUGAACCAGUUAAAGGAGAAGGUACGAAUGCUGAUGCAUUAGCACGUUUCGCCACUUUGCUUUGUGCCGAACGAAAGCGCCGCAAUCCAGCUUAAUUGGUUUAACCAGUUUGUGCAUAGCCAGGGGAAUCCAACCCUGGGUGGUUUGUUUUUCUAGGGGCAGCUGUAUAUAUACUAGGUUAAGUUAGCUAUCCAUGUGAGAUGAGAGUGUUGAAAACAAGUCCCUUCACCAUGCCAGGAAAAAAGUGGACUAGCGUAAGUCGAACGGUUAUGUGCUCCAAACUUGUGGCUAUGUAUUUUAACCAUUUCGAGUA